AUUACAUCAAUAACAAGAGUAUAUAUUCUGAAGUGACAUAAUUGAUCAAACUUCACUUGCGCAGAGUACCGGCAACUUGUACACGAGUCCAUUCCAUCGCCACAGAUUCAAUUUGCAUCUAUUAUUGAAUGAUAUCAGUCCAUUGCGCCGUAAAUCACAAUGGCAAGCUCAGAGCAACCCAUCGUUCUAUACCACUAUCCCUAUUCUCCAUUUGCGAGGAGGAUUUCGUGGUAUCUAGCCCUCAGAGGCAUACCGUACAUGCAAUGUCUACAACCGCCUAUUAUGCCCAGACCAGACCUCUCCGAGGAGCUGGGAAUUUCAUACCGCCGCAUCCCCGUCCUCUCAAUCGGGCGCGACGUCUACUUGGACACGCGCCUGAUCCUCUCCAAGCUGGAGGAGUCGCAUCCAUCGGUGCCCAAACUGGGAGCGUCCGAGCCUCAGUCCAAGGGCGUCCAGCGGCUGCUCGCGGCGCUGACGCUCGACACGGGCAUUUUCUUUGCGGCCAUGGGCCUGCUGCCCCGCGACCUGCCGGCACUCAAGGAUCCAAAUUUUCAAAAAGACCGGGCCAGCUUCAUCAAGGAGAAGCCGAUGGGAGGGUGGCUGUCGCGUGCGGACGCCGUCAACAAGAUCCGAGACGCGAUGGAGCUGCUCGAGACGACCUUGCUCGCGGAUGGACGUGACUGGAUAUUGCAAACGGAAAAGCCGAGCCUCGCCGACAUCGAGGCCAUCUGGCCGUUUCACUGGCUCAUCACUCUACCCGGAAGCCCGGCGCUCCCCUCAGACCAAGUCUCUGCGGAGCUGUUCCCCCGCGUUUUCGCAUGGAUCCAGCGGUUCGACAAGGCCGUGGGGGCGGCCGGAUCAUCCGGGUCCAAGCCCCGUAAAUUGAAGGGCAAGGAGGCUGCGCAGCUGAUCCUCGCCUCUCGGCUCAACGACGACUACGCCGAGGCUGACCUGACCGCCGCAGAUGGAGAGGGCCUGACCAGGGGCUCCAUGGUGAGGCUCUGGCCGACCGACACGGGAAGUGGACAUCGGGACGCCGGCAAGCUGGUGCACAUGGACCAGGCUGAGAUCGUGAUCGAGAACCUUCGUGGUGUUCGGGUACACGCGCCCCGACAGGGCUUCAAGGUGCGGGCUGAGGCUGGGUUGUAGACAAUCUACCAAUCGCGCAGAGCUAGCAGGGGGAGCCAGGCUACCUCGGCCGCCGGGUUGCGUGCUUGCGCAGGAGAAAAGGACGCCUGCAUACAGUAAAUUGUACUAUAUCUAGCAUCGUUAUUGCCACCAGGUACUCGACACCAUAUACGAAACAGUGGCUUCAUGAUUAGGUUUGGACGAUUUCUGGUUUUAUCUGAGAAUUGAAAAAGUGUUUUUUUUUUUUCUUUUUUUUUCCGUCGGACGUAUACAUAGCG